UAUCAUUUAUUAUAUUAUAUUAUAUUUUAUCUAACCAUCCAUUUGCUCUCUUUUUCUGGCCCCUUUCACUCUCAAAAUUUUCCCACUGAUCUCACCACAGAAGAAGGAGAAUUGACCCUAGGGUUCGGGUUUCAUCGUUAUUAGUCUUCAAAAUUCUCAGAGUAAGCUUUGAAUCUCUAAUCGGAGCUAUACACAUUUUUCCUACACCUUCAAGUAACGGAUUUGAAGAAGAAAGUUUCCAGAUUGAAGUGAAACUUCAGAGAAUCCAGAGGGAGCGGAAGACCUUGCUUUGGUAGUUGCUGAUUUGGUCUGUGGCUAUGGGAUUUUGUAGAUUUGGGUGGCAGCUACAAGUUUCUCACAUCACUUGAAGGGAAGGAUUUGGAUCAAAGAGUUGAGAUACUGAGGGUGGUUAUUGAUGGUGAAAUGAUGGAGUUUGUUGUAGCAUGGAGCAUAUGACAUUGAAGCUACCUGGUAGUGUUUGAGUUUCAAAAGGCUUAGAGAUUGGAACAUGGACGACGACAGUGGGCUUGAGCUCAGCUUGGGUUUAUCUUGUGGUGGCUCGUCUGGCAAAUCCAAGAACAAGAAUGGUAGUUCCUCAGAUAUUAGGGCAGAAGAUGCUGGAAAAAGUGGAAAAAUGGUUGAUGACUUUAAGAGUAUGUUUGAUGCUGGAUCUCAGAAGCCAGACUCGGUUGCUGGGGCUCGAAGAUCUGAUUCCACAAAGCCUGAGGAAAACUUCUUUAGUGACCUUUCAAAGGCCAAAGACGACAAUGCUUCUUUGAAUUUGAACGGGGGAGGAUUUUGGGCUGCAAAUAGUAGCAAACCUAUUGAAAUCGAGGAUGACAAUCGGUUAGAGGCAGUGAACAAACGAAAGAUGUCUUUUGAUGAUAUACGUAAUCAAAAGAAGCAUGGAAGUGAUGUUCAUCAUGCCAAUUUACAUGAGAGGGCAAGAACAUCACACCUUUCUAUAACCGAAGAUGGUUCAACUGCCGAGAAUGAAGACGUGGCUGAUUCUGAAGCUGAGAACUCCACCUCGAGGCCUCUCACACACCACAGUGAUGGUUCGAAAGGAUUCAUAAGGGUUGGUGCUUCUUCUGAUGUUACAAAAGGGGCUCGUGGAAUUGCUGACUCGAGUGCCACGGACUUUAAUGGGCAGAAAAGGUUUAACGGGUCGUCAGAAAAAGAUUUUAAGCAUGCAAACAUGACUUAUGGUACUUCCUUCCCUGUUCAACAAGUAAAUAUGAUGAAUGUGCCUUACCCAAAAGAGUCCAACUCUGUUGCAGCACCGAGCCCUCAGAGAUUGAUGCAUGUGAUGCCUACAGCUGCUGGUGAAGCAGGAGGCCAAGCUGUGAGUAAUGCGCCCUUGCACAUGAACAUGACGUUUGGAUAUCCUCCUUUUCAGCUUCCCAUGUUGGAUAAGGAUAGCUCGUUGGGCAUGGUUUCCCGUCCUCAGCAGUUACACGCUUCCUUUGCUGGCAGGGGUCCACCCAAUUCAGCUGGCCUACAUGUAAUCCCGAGCAGUAUAUCUGAGGCCAUGCCAUUUGAAGGAAGGCCAUUGGAACGAUCCAAAGGUGACGGCAAACUGCGUGUUCCUGAAGAAGGCUCCUCUUCACAACCUGAAGAUGUGAAGGGAAGCAGCACAAACCUCAGGGCAAAAGAUGUACAGGACCAGUCUACUGGAGAAGGUUCCAUCAUUGAUUUCUCAAACAUAAAGCCAGGUCUUGCCGCAGAUGUCAAAUUUGGUGGAUGUGGUUCAUACCCAAACCUGCCUUGGGUAUCCACCACAGGAUCAGGUCCAAAUGGAAGGACCAUUUCUGGUGUUACAUACCGAUACAGUACUAACCAAAUCAGGAUAGUUUGCGCAUGCCAUGGGUCUCACAUGACCCCCGAGGAGUUUGUUCGGCAUGCAAACGAAGACCGAGCCAGUCCGGAGGGAACUGCAGUUUUGGGGACAGUGGCGAAUGGCAACCCUGCAGCCUCCUCACACGGCUAGACUCUUGUACCAUGUAAGUUGAAUUUCACUAAUAUAGUUUUCAACAACUGAAUCAGGGAAAUGGGGCUAUAAUUUUUGUACAGAUGAAUGACAUUCUCUACCUGCCAUUUUUAUGUACACACACUAAAUUACCUAUUUGGCUAUUUUCCUUUAAUUACUUUGAACCAAAUGUAAUAAGUGCCCAUCGUCCAUCUGUACUAUUAAAUAGUAAUUAAGUAUCCGAUUUUGUGUCA